AUGUCCGCGUUCCCGGCGAUGGGCAUCGUCAUCGUCGACGUGGCCACAGUCAAGGACGCGGCAAAGCACACCGCCGUUUUCGUCGUAAACCUGAACUUCUCGUUCUCGUUGUUUUCUUUUGUUGUUCUUAAACUUCUUCUUCUCGAUGACGAUGAAGUUGAUGAUGGUUUUGUCUUAUUUUUCUCUUCUUCAAUCGUACAACAACAAUAA